CCGCCAGCCAAACACAAUACAUAGAGAGACAGGGGAAAUAAGGGGGCGAGAGGAGGAGGAGGCUUUGGCAAACGUUGUUGUGGUGUGCCAGACGAUACUUUCCACCCUGGCAGAGAGAGACCGCAGAUACUGGAUCUCGUGAAUCGCACCCUGUUUUUUUUUUCUCCCCUCUAUCUUGAGGUUGUUCACGUUCGAACGAGUCGUUGAUUCGUCUCAUUUCGAUCGAGUGCCAAAAGAGUGUAACAAUAGAUACCAAAAGUUCUGUGAGUGAUUAAGUGGGACGCGAGCCACGACGACGUUUCCUCUCGAGAAAAAAAAAGACGUUCCCGAGGCCACAGACGUGUGUGCUGCAGAGAAUCGUGAAGUGCGCGGGACUGCCUCAGGUAUUUUCGGGUCCCGCGCGUACUAUAGUGAGUGUUAACCUUGGAGUACCCAUUACGCCCGUCAGAGCCAGAGGGCGUGAGUUUCUAAGAGUGUCUCUCUUUUUCUGUGCCUAUGUUUGAGUGGCUGUGAGUUGUUGUGAGAAAUUGUGUGUGUUUCACCUUGAAAGUGUUAAGGAGAAGGAAAUUUACCUUGAGCCACAGCAGCAAGAGCCUUCAAACUAGUGGCAGUUUGCUGCGUGACUAAAUCCUUGGAGAAAUAAAACAGUCUGGAUGGAGACCGAAACACUAGCUUCACUUUCCUGGCGGAGAUGAGUGAAGGAGCCAACAACAAUCUGGGUGGUUGUGAUCCAAUCGUAGAGGGAUGGCGGGCCCCAGUCCUGGCUCGCUAGUCAGCUCAGGCCAAAAUGGCUCGCUGCAUAAUGUCCUUUUCUACUUGCCUCAGAAUGGCAAUGGCAACCAAUUUGCCAACGAGGCAUGUCACAACCAGCAUGGUGGCACUCUCAACCAUCUUUCCUAUAUGCAGACAUCUCAUAAUAGGUACAGGCCGGAUCCUGGUCUGAACAAGGUACACUGCUUCCCGUCAGACAAUCCCUAUUCCUGUGAUAGGGACACUAAUGGUUCCUACUGGUCGUACCAGCAGCAGCAGUGGAAUCAGUGGAACCAGAAUGAUUACAAUCAUUCCGAGAGUUUGGGUUUCAAAUCCUGCUGGAUGCAACAGCAACAGCAGCAAACAAUGCAGCAGAGACAGGCUAUACAAAACAACAAUCCGAGCUGCAUGGGCUUUAAUCCUCAGUACAAUCACAUGCAUCAGCAACAACAACAACAACAACUACAGCAUUUGCACCAGCAGCAGAUUCAGCCACAACAACAGCAGCAUUUGCUGCAGCAAUCGGGUUACCGGAAUAACGUCAUGGCGACCGUUACUGUUCAAUCGAGUGCUGGUUCGUCGCAAUCGUCAUUGUCUCGGACACCAUCGCGUUGCGAUUCCGUUCGGUCAGAGUCGACGUGCGAGUCUCAUUGUAGUAGCAGUUUGAGCGGUGGAAGUAGCGCUGCAAUCGAAGAAAUGACUGGCCAACAACAGUACGGAAUGUAUCAAAACUUUUCUUCGGUUCAACAACUGCAGCAACAACAACAAUCGUAUCCGCAGCCGCAUCUUCCUCAGCACCAAGAACACGUUCAACAACAAAUGCAACCGCAGCAGCAGCAACAACAGUGUUUUUGGCCGUCUAGUCAUUACGAUGUGCAACAGCAAGAACAACAGCAACAACAAAUGGAUUACUUCCGUCAACAACAGCAAAUGCAGCAGCAGCAACAACAUUAUUAUCGUCAACAUCAAGUGAUACAACAGCAACAGCAAGUGAAUUGUUAUUGGCCUCGUGAAUCAUCGCCAGUGUGCCACCAACCCCAACAACAACAGCAGCAGCAGCAGCAGCAGCAGCAUAGACAAUUUACGUGUGUCAAUCCAGCAGUUCCGGUGGUGGAUCACCAACCGAUUGUCAUCGAAACGCCGGCCUGUUCAUCGAGUCCGAUUGUUGCCGAUACAACAACGUCGAUGAUAUCGUCAUCUCCGCUUCCAGUGCCGUCGUCCUCAUCGCCACCUGUAACGUCUCAUUAUAACCAUCCAGCUACUCCAGUUGAAUCGAUGGAAUGCGUUUCUGUUCCUCCCCUUGGCUGUGAUCCACCUGCCGCGAUAACUACGACCGAUGAAAGCAUAGAAUCUUCGUCAUCCGUCGAUAUUCCCAACACGGCACAAACAGCUGACACGAAUGCUAAUGUGAAUACAACAACUAUUGUGAGCGUAACAACAACGAGCGUACCAGCCGGUUGGGCCCGUCAAAUAUCCGCCGGAAGUGUUAUCUACGUCAGUCCGAGCGGUUGCCGAUUGUCGUCACUGAACGACGCGGCCAACUACGUCCAGCGUAACGGCACGUGCAAGUGCGGAUUGCCUUGUCCUCUCCGACUGCAGCAUGUCUUCAAUUUCGAUCCGUCGGUGGCGAGCAGUUCCGAGACGUCACUAGAGGCACGGUCGUCGACGUGCUGCCACAAAAAGCCGCAAGAUGCCACCACGGACAAGACGACACUGGCCACCUCAGCGACGACGGUGACGGCGGCGACCAGCAAAGCCGCCGUGAAACGGAAAAAGAGUGGAAAUGGAACCAACAGCAAGACGGGCAAGACUUUGAAACCUCUCGCGGUUGUACAGCAACCCGUCCAGCAGCCACACCAACAAGCUUUGCUAUUUCGACGAUCGCCGUGUCCCAAUGUGGACGUCCGGCAAAUUCCCCUGGAACAGAAUCGUCCGCCUACGGGCAGCCUCUUGCCCCAGACGCGACCGACUCAACCCACGACGGCCAACAACAACGGGCCGACGUUUUUCGAAGAUCCCAGCGCCUAUUUGGCGCAGCAGACGGUCUUGUUGCAAAGCAGUUUGCAAAACAGUGGCACCUCUUCUGUGGCAUCUCCUCCUCCCAUUCCGGAAUCCUCUCCGGUAGUUGCUGCAGCGCCAACGACGACCGAGACGGCCGAAGCAGAACAGACGCAAGAAGAACUGCUGGGCGAUUUGCUUGACUGCAUACCUGAUUCGAUGGAAGAAGUGCUGGACAGGCAAAAGGACGUUGCGGCUGCGGCGGAAGCGGCAGCUCAAGCCGAAAAGGCCGCUAAUCUCGUCAAGCAAGCGGCCGCUGCCGCAGCAGUGGCUGCCCGUCAGCAACAACAGCAAACUGCCACCGCGCCGCAACAAGCAACAACAACAACAACACAACAAAAGUCACAUAAAUUGCCUUCCGUGCCUGUUUCUUUGGCACCCGCUCCAGCACCGAUCAGAAGUAAACCUCCUCCGCUGGCCAUCCGGCCAGCUACGCCUGCUUCGGCCGCCCGUUCGAGGGCAAGAGCGGCCGAAACGACGUCCAAGAGCACCAAGUCGAGAUCGCCGAGAAGGACCCACCAUCAACCGAUUCAGAUCCAGAGCAACGCCAAAGUAUUACAGCCUGCCCAGCUGCCGCAACAACAAUUGCAACAGCAACAACAACAGCAGCAGCAACAACAGCAACAGCAGCAACAGCAACAGUUUAUCCAUCAGCAGCAACAACAUCAAUUCUGGCCGGCUCUUUCGGCUCCAAAUAUCGGCCCUCUUCGUACGGCCUCGUUCCCGUUCGUUUCCUAUCACUCGGCCGUCGGUCCAGCCACGGCCACUCCCAUUUUCUCGACGGCGGCCCUGAGGCCCGGUAAUCUGCCGAUGACUUUCCUGACCUCUGCAGCCACCCAUCCUGGCAAUCCAGCCCAUGCGACUAACGUCUUCAAUCAAGCAUUGCCCGUGUUGACCACCCGGCCGGCAUUAGGGCCGUCUGGUCAGGUAGUCCACGUCCUAACGGCUCCCGGACCGAUGUUAGCGGCGGCUCCUUUGGCAACUGAGCCUUCCAACGCUGUUCCUAUUUUGACGGUCGGUCCCAUGAAUACUAGCAAUCAUCCCAACAACAACAGCAACAACAACAACAACAUCAACAUGAACAACAGCCGCGGGUUGACUCGUACGGGCAAGAAACGCAAAUCGACGCCUCAAACGGUGGCGUCCAUCUUGCAACAGGGAGCUCAGUUGGCCGCGAUGACUCAGCAACAACUUCAUCAGCCUCAGCAACAGCAACAACAUCACCAUCAGGCGACCACCCUGACGCUGUCGCAGGAGCCGCUCCUUUACAACGUUCAGAAUUUCCAACAAAUUCAACCGCAACAGACGAUCCAAACGUUGGCGUUGAUGCCCGACGGCAAGACUUAUGUUGUCGUCAAUUCUCAGCCGGCCCCUGCGCCUCAGCCAACGCAUCAGCAGAAUACUGGCGGCCAUUGGUUGUUGAGUCCUCGUCCGGCAAAUAUCGCGCCCGCGGGUCAGCCCGUCAACGUGUUUUGCACGACUCAAACAGGACCGGGAGGAGCGACGACGUUUGUGUUGAACGGAGCCAGCGCGCCGACCCAUCAAGUUCUCCAACUUCAAGACGGGACUCUUGUCCAGACAACAACGACGGAACAGCCCAAUCUGCUGGCCAAUUAUGGCGGCUUAUUCAUUCGCUGUCCGUCAACGCCGAAUGGGGCGCAAAUUUUCAGCACCACAAGUCCGGCAGCGGCGAACGUCAGGACGAUUCCUUUGCCGAUCCCUAUCGCACCUGGCCGGUCUCCUGGCCGGUCGCCCGAUUCCAGUAGUAUCCUGACGGAUGGAUCCAUGGUGACGUCAUCGUCGACGACGAACACGGGCAAUACGUCACUGGUGGCUUGCGGCGAAGCCACUCCGCCUUCACAGACCCCUUCUUUGUCCGCCUCUUCGUCCUCUUCAUCGCUGGCCGUCCGGACGGCCCAUCCAUCGCCUGUCGUCCAAAGUAGUCAAAUCGAUAGCUGCGUCCAGGAAGUGGAAACGGAUCAGCAACAUGCCCAGGUGGUGGCGGAAGCUGCUAAAUCCAAAUCGAUCGCUAUUGAAUUCAACAACAACAACAGCAACAACAACAACAACAACAAUAGUACGACCGCGACACUAACGGCAACGGCCGUCCAGCACUGGCUAAAACCGGACAUGAUCACCAAUGCAUCACAAAUUGUUGCUGGCUGAAAUCAAAAGAAAAGGUGUUGUUUUGUUUUGUUUUUUUCUUUUUAUGAUGCAUUUUUAUUUGUUGUUCAUCACGGAAAUUUAUUCUAAAAUUUCUACAAUUAUCACACGACAGUUUGGCAUAACACAAAUAUUUGUUUAGGGUUGUGCUUUUUUUUUAUUUGCUCGUUUUAUAUAUAGAUAUAUAUAUAUAUACACACACUAUAUAUCUAAUUUGUCAACUCGAUCGUUGUCGCCAUUGAGGGCUUCGAUUUGGAAUAGAUUUUUAAAAUUAUGUAAACCGACGUAAUUCAAAUGCUCCAUCAAAUCCCUUUCCUCUGUGGAAACUGAAUGGUGGAACAUUUGGCUGAGCAGGCCCGCCAGGGAACUUGAAUAUUGCUGGUAAAAACUCAUUGAAGCACACCAUCACUAUUACCCAACAUUAAAGAAAUAUAUAUUCAUAUACAUAUACAGUAAAAUUAUAUACAUAGCCUACCAUAUACACCCUGUACAUAUAAGGCCAUAUUUUUGUUGGUUUUUUUUUUUUUUUUCCCUUUUUCCUUGAUCUUUCAUUCAUUUAUCCUUAUUCCCGGUGCGUUGAUUGAAUUAAUCUAUAAAAAAAAAAAUGUUAAAAUAAAAAAUAAAAAUAAAAAAAAAUCACAUAAAAUAAAAACUAUCGUAAAUAUAUGUGUAUAAAUAUACAGAAUACCAGUACCUUGAAACAUUUUUAGCUUUGUUAUAUCUCCGUCAUGAGCCAAUCAACAGCUUCUUCUGACUCUUUCUACUCUUCAGCUCCCCCCUCCCGUUUCCCAGUUGCAUUUACAUACUUAUAGCUUUGAUAUAACUACGUAUGUAUACUGUAUCAUAUGAAGAGAGAAAAAACGACAUCACACAGACGUUCAUGUUCACCACACACCCCAUACCCAUCGUUUGUUGAAUAUUGUUCUUGGUUGAUAUCUCGGGGAUGCGCUUUUCGUUUCCCAUUUCGUCCGUGUGUGUGCGGUUGUGUGUGUAUUAUAUAUACAUACUACUAUACAUUGCAUUGUGUAUUAUGAAUUGUUUGAUGGUUAGUUUAAUGUUUGGAUAUGAACUCGCGAAUGUAAAACGAUGAAAUCGGGAUGACUAAUAGGGAUAGUUUCUUUUUUCAAUGACUGCUAAGAAAAAGAAUUCAAUCUUCUUUUGUUUUCAUUUUGGCUUUUGAUGUUUGCCAUGUUUGUUUUUUUUUUGUAUUAUUAUUAUUAUUAUUAUUAUUAUUAAGUACCAGUAUGUGUGUCUGUGUGUGUAAUCUCCAUUUUGUGUUUCCGUGAGUUUAUAAGAAAAAGCAAACAAAUAGUGAAACCUGUUUCUGGUUUCACAACAAAAAACAAAUUCAUAAUCAUCAGCUGAAUGUCGGCUAGCUUUUACAAAAGGAAGAUUUAAAAACGAGAAAAAAAAAACUUUGCAAACUGAUAUACCAGACCGUUUGUAUUGCCCCCUCCUGUCGUUGUUUAAGUUGAGUAUAAAACGAAAAAAAGCAACAAAAACCGGUUCUCUCAUCACACAUAGACACACAAAUAUAUACAUACACUAUGAAUAUGUAUAAUUUUUUUUUCUUCUUACGUGUUUUUCCUCAAAUCUCGGAAAAGACUGACGUUUUUUGUGGAUGAUUUUUAUUGUUCUCUCAGUUUAACCCUCUCCUCCUCUAAUAUAUAUAUACAUAGACA